CGAUUGUCACGAAAAUUGUGGAGAGUUAUCUUCAUCACAUACUACCACGGUUAGAAUUAGAAUUUUCGUUCAAGUUUUAGUAGACGUUUGCAAGCUUUAAUCUGAACGCGCACUUCCAGGUUUAUUUUGAAACGCCAGAUUGCUCCUGCGCGUGCGCAAAUCGUAAGGAUAUCAGUUACGCGUUGUUAAUGGUGAUACCUGAUGGGGGUUUGUGAGUCUCAGAGACGCAAAUGGAGACAGGGCUAAUCGGUUGAUAACGUCAUUUGAGGCAAGGAGGGAGGGAUUCCUCCUUAAGUUGCCUUAAAGCUCGAUGAGCAGUGGAGUUGGUUUGAAGAGAAAGAACGCGUCCGAGUCUAGAGGAUAUGCCAAAAUCCUUUCUUGUGAAAAAAGCCUCUCGCAACAAGAGGAAGUUAGCCGAGGAUAUACACCAGGAAAAUGAGGAGUUAUCAGACAUCGCUGAGGAAGCAGAGAAACAGACAAAUCCGGGCUCAUCAGCCACCGGCGAUGUGGCCAUCCAGUGCAAUUUGGAAGCCAACGCGGACUCUUACAUUCCCCGCACCAAUAACGGGAGGAAUCAGCCGGUGCCUUUUCCCGCGCUCGACACGCGCGGAUUACACACGCUUGCUGAGCUGUGCUUACGACGGGCAGACUACGAGUUUUGUACCCAGAACGUUACUGUAGACCACAGGAAGAUCAAUGAUGGCGACGUGCAUGAAACUGAAUUAAACGAAAGCGAGACUUUUAAGGAACCUCGUAAAGUGCAUGACACGAAGUUUAAACGACGUGUAAGCGACAGUUUAACAAGUGUAAAAAGAGAACAGGUCAACGUUGAGGAAAAUGAAACAGCCGAAGAAAAAUGCGAGGAUCUAAAGGAGAGAAAGAGUAAAGCCAUGAGACGUUCGAUAAAUCCCGUGAAUGAAAACAACUCAACAAGACUCCACAAACUUGAGGAGGAGCUGGAAAAAAUGCUACAGGGCAAAGAAGAAAUCAUUGGACGAGAAAUCAGAGAUUUUAUGGAAAACAACAAGGCUUUGGAAAAAGAACUGAUUGAGGAGACUGGCGUGUCGCAGAUAGAGAUUACAAAAUACCUGCAAGAAAGCGUCCAUUUGAAAGAAGACAAACGAACAAAAUUGUUCAGGUGGUAUCUUGAGAAGAAGCUUAGCAGAGUGGAAUCGGACGACGAGAGUUACACGUGCUACAAAUGCGGCAAGAUCUUUGCAUACGAGAGUUACCUAGAGCGUCAUGUUAAGUACGUUUGUCCUGACAAGACUGGUCGCACAUGGAAGUGUUCUUACUGCAGUAAAGCAUUUCAAUACCCUUGUUACUUGAGGAGGCACAUGAGAUCACACACAGGCGAGAGUCCUUACAAAUGCACGCAGUGUUCUCGAGCAUUUGUUCGUUCUACAGACCUUCAAAGACAUUUGAGAAAUCACACCGGUGAAAAGCCGUACAAAUGUCAAGAGUGCUCGAGGGCAUUUGCACGCUCCACGGACCUAAAGCGACACAUGCGAACUCACACAGGAGAGAAACCCUACAAAUGCUGGCAAUGUUCCAAAGCGUUCUCUCAGUCUGGGAGUUUGCAAACCCAUUUACAUACGCAUUAUAAGGAGUCUUUGCAAAUGAAGGGAGUUAUACCGGAAAAAACGAAAAGAACUUAAAAGUGGCGCAGAAGCGUCGCAAUUUUGUCGCGAGGAGCGGAUAACGGAGGGUUAGCAAGCAGAGAAGCAUUUGCUGUUUAAUCAGUUGCAUAAGACCAAAAUAUCAGACCUUUCAGGCAACAAGCGCGAUAUUGCCCAGUAUGUGCGCUUCGUCAAUUGAAGGAUCCAUGUUCGAGCUAUCGGUAUAUUUCUCUCUGCAUCAGAAAGAUCAAUCUUUUUGACUUUGUUUUGAGUCACAUUUUGCUGAUGAAUCCAUGCAUGCUGAAACAGUUCUGGAAGACAACUCUAAGAAUCUUCAAGUUUGAUAAAGAUUCACUUUUGCUUUAAACGCUGAACGAGCUUUACCCAAAGAAACUGCAGACUUUAAGACGCAUGGGAGGUUCAAACCUUCUAGGUGGAUUAAUGCUCAUCAAAAACAGUGCAUUUGUGUUUUACUCAAAUGGUUUAAUACUUGAUAACUUGAUUUCUGCAAGAAAAUGAGUGUCAUUACGCAGUAUUAUAUCGAAGGCUGGACUUAACUGGCAAGGAAGAAGUUAAAGUGAAAUUGGAGAAAGCAUUGACGGUUUUACCGAAGAGGAAAUUGCUCUCCGAUAGUUUCUGUUUCUAUCUGCUUUUUUUACGUUGCUUUUUUACAUCGCUCGAGAUGGACGCUGAUAACACAAAAACAAAAGGCUUAAAGAAAAAAAAAUGAAAAGCGCAUGUAUAUUUUUGGAAUUUUUGCAAGGGUAAAAUAUUUAGUUUUGUGUAUACUUUUGCUCGGGAAACUAUUUUUAUUUGCUUUGCUUAACUUUUGAAGAAAGUGAAGGAUCUACUUGUAUAGCUCUCAAAAAGGUUUCUACCAAAAUUUAAGGUGUUGAUCCGAUCUUUGUCACACGGAGUCUACAAUGUAAACGAAAAAUCAACAAUAGCUUCGCAUAAACAUCCACCAUCGCAUUGGGUAAAGAAUGUCGACAACAUUUCAAAAAAAUGUAGAUUUCAGAGAGUAAAACCACAGUCUUCAAGACUGUUGUACAAGAAGGUAAGGCUUGUUUUGGAACUGAAAAACCAAAAGAUCUCUUUACAUUGUCGACUUCAGAAUUCCGCCAUGAUAUCACUAAACUCGUUGCAUUGGCAAAUUUUUCAGUAGCCACUCUAAAUCAACUACUUUGUCAGUCACAUUCUGGAAGAAACGUGAUUUGGUGUAAAGGUUGCUAAAUUUUACUAGAGACCUUCUAUAGAUGUUGACAUCCAAAAUACUCGCCAGUUUUCUCCGGGAUCUCCUCUCAUUUUGCACAGUUAAAAUUAAGGAAGUUGGGGAUUAUUGUAAUAACCGAGCAACUGCACAUCUACCCCUCCCUUAACUCAGCAACAGUGAACUGAGAACAAGGUAGGGUUGAUGUUGAAUUAGAAGGGGGGAGGGGAGGGGGUAGGUGCGCCUUUGCUCAAUACUGAAAUUGAUCCCAAGUUGGUUCGUAGUAAUCUCGUCCCCAGAUCCUAUCGUUUAAUUGUAACUAAAAUGGACGAGGAAGAUCUGGGUAUGAGACUAGGUUCGUGGCAAUGACGAAACUUCGAUUCUACGUUUUUCCCAUUUUCUGUUCAGCUAUGUUUGUUUCUCUUCAAAUAAGGUUAUGCGCGAAAUUCUUUCAAUGCAGCAGAGUCCCAAAGAAUUUUGUCGAAUGUUGUAGAUAGCUUCAUCAUGAAUUGAUUUAUUUUGUAACUUUCCUGUACAUAUGUUGCGAAAUAGAAAUCACUUUCUGGUAUCAUAAGCUCAUUAAUUGAGUUAUAUUUUUGCUAUUCAGCUUUUAUCAAUAGCUGGUGUAUAUAGAGCAUUAUAGCUUAUUUAAGCUUCAAUUUUUUUUGUUCUGUGAUUGGUCGAUUGUAAUUCUAGUUUUCAAUUUAUAGUACAUGAUAAUCAUGCCUACUUACUUUCAUCGGGAAAAAUAAGACAACAUUUGUUAGUUCUAUCGAAACGUUAAGUUUGUUACUGCCUUCUUUGACAAAGCCAAUUCAUUUUUGCGAUCAGUUUGAUUUCUGACGUAUCAAAAUAAAGCUGGCUACUUACCAAAUACUUUUUUUUCAAUGAAAAUUGAGUCUAAACAUAUAUUUUUUCGAAAUUAUAUAUCGCUGGAGUAGUUUAAUUCUCUUUUCCAUUAAAAGAAAAGACUAUUUUACCCGUGUGUCUGUCAACUCUUGUUCUGUAUAAAAUUGUUAUCAUAGCUUACAAGAUAAUAAUUUCAAUAUUCUGCGCAACCUAGUUUCCAGGGUCUCUGUUCUUUCCUAUUGCGGGACCGCGUGGGCAUGUAGAAGAGAGACAUUGAAACGAGGUUGCAUCCUGGAGGUACAAUGUGUGUUCAUUUAAGAACAGAUACUUUAACACGAGCUGGUCUCAA